UGCACUGCGAUCUAAUUUAGUGGCCAGCUGACUCGGAGCAGAAUACAUACAAAAGCCUAGCAUACGGGAUUUCAUACAGAAUACAUAACUUGAUUCACCGGGCGAAACACAGCGAAAUCAAAAACCCAAAACUUGCAUCUCGAUUUCAUACCGCCACCGAGCUCGUUUCCGGUCUUCUUCAAUCGUCAUUUUUCGACAGUGAAAAAAUAGGGAGUAUCUGAGCUAUCAAUUACGAGCACUUCGGGAAGGCGAAUGACUAGUGCAGCAGCAGCAGCAGUUCUGCCACUCAUUUUCUCCUCCGCUUCUCCAAUUACAAACACCACCGCGAAAUUCACAUACCCAGGUUUUGGUUCACCCAGACAGAGAAAUGGUCUGAGACUUGUGGCUUGUGCUUAUACUGCCAUUUCAAGAAGAGGGCAAGGUGCAUCUGACCCAGAGCUUCGGAGAGUUCUUGAACUUGCCUCGGACUCUGAGUUAUAUGAGCUUGAAAGGAUCCUUUUUGGCCCCAGCUACUUCAGCCCUUUAAUAAAAUCAAUAACAAGUAGAGCUGAUGUGGACCAUGUCAUGAUUGAAGAAGAUCUUGAAGAGCGAGAAGACUUUAUAGCAGAACUGGAGACGCGAUUUUUAUUCCUUGCUGCUGAUGCCCGUUCUACAUUAAGGGGGUGGAGACCAUCAUACAGAAAUGUCUUGCUUUCUGUGAGAAAAAAGUUAGGCAUUCGGUGCUCAAGCAAAUUGUCAACUGAAGACCUUGAAAUCGAAAUUUUUCUUCAUCUUUUGCAGAAUUACUCAAGUGAAGAACUGGGAUCUUUUCCGAGCUCAUUGGAACCCUCUAAGACAUCUAAUGAUCAAGGAAGUCUAGAAUUUGGACUUAAUCGAGGGAAGGUACACACCCUUGAUGCAGUGAAAGAGCUUUGGUCAAUGAUUUUUAAGGGUGGUGGUAUGCUUACUUUGGCAAAGAUCUAUGAAUUGUUAGCAAGGAGAUUAUCGGGGAAGUUGUUUGUAGAAGCUGCCAACUAUCAGAUUAAAAAGGAAUUCAUUAAAAAGGGUGGACAAUUAGCCGUGAUUAACCUAGAGUCAAGAGCAGCCUUGCUCGCAGCAAAACAGGGCCUUUCUGGUGCUGCAUCAAGAUAUCUGGGUUUUAGAAGCAUGAUGGCUUUACUUGGCCCAGUGCUUUGGGGGACAUUUCUGGCAGACGUUGUCAUUCAAAUGCUUGGAACUGAUUAUGCUAGAAUCUUGCGAGCAAUUUAUGCUUUUGCACAGUUGCAGGCUCUUUGGUAUAUAAGUUGCAAGAUCUCUGUGAUGGUGUUGAACCCAAAUUGAGUGCAAUCAGAUCCGCAUCACCCGCACAUAUGGAUUACCAUCUGAGGCUGACCGAAGAAUUUAGGUUUUUGGAAAGUUGCAUUUUUACUAUUUUCAGAUGGUAGAUUGAGAGCUUAGGUUGGUCUUUGAGCUGCUUUAAAAUGAAGGUAUAUUCUGGUUUGGUUUGGCUUGGCAACUAAUUCACUGCAUGACAACCAGCUUUUUGGAUAUUUGUCCAUAAGUUUGAAACUGUGUAUAUAUUGUUAGACUUAGAUCCAUCACUGCGGCUUCAGACUAUUAUUAUAUGGUGCAAAUGAACUCUGAAUUCCCAUUUUUUA